AGUUUGUAUUUGCUGCUUGUCGUUACCAAAUUCGCAAUGGCUGAAUUGGACAUAGGAAAACACUGCCAGGUUGAAACGUGUAAUCUAAAAGACUUUCUCCCUUUUGUCUGUGAAUUCUGCAGUGGGGUAUACUGCCUUGAGCACAGAAACAGGGAUUCUCAUACUUGCAAGGAGGAACCUAUGAAAAGAGAAAUACCAGCGUCAAAAGGCAGUACGAGUUAUCCAUGCUCAUUUCAAGGUUGUAGUGGGAAAGAGUUGUUGCAGGUCAUAUGUCUACAGUGCCAAAAACAUUUUUGUUUGACACAUCGGCAUCAAAGUGAUCAUGAAUGUGAGAAGUUGGAGGUUGCUAAACCACGAAUGGCAGCCACUAAAGAGCUGGUGCAAAAAAUUGUAGAGUCAAAGGAAGGACAGAAACCUAAAGGACGCAGAGGAGCAAAGAACAGCGAGACUGCAGCUAAGGUAGCGUUGAUGAAAUUAAAACAGCAGGCUGUAGGAGAUAAGGGGCUUCCACAGAUGGAGAGAACCUACUUUCAAGUAUAUCUUCCUAAAGAAUCAAAAGAUUUAUGCAAACCUAUGUUCUUCUGCUCUAAGUGGAGUGUUGGCAAGGUGGUUGACUAUGCAGCGUCUUUAGCUAGCUUAAAGAACAACAACAAUGUUCUGUCAGCAAAGGUCAAAAUGAAGCUUUUGGAAAACUCCAGCUUCGAGGCCUUGAGCUCCAGGCUCUGUGUGGAAACUGGGGAGUCUCGCAUUCUUGGCAGGAUUGAGAGCUACUCCUGCAAGAUGGCAGGGGAUGAUAAGCACAUGUUCAAGCAGUUCUGCCAAGAGGGGGAGCCUCAUGUCCUGGAGGCCCUGUCUCCCCCUCAGUCAACCAGCACCAUCAGUCCAAACCAGCUGGCCAAGAGCAGUGAGGAUGGGGAGAACCCACUGAGUGACAAGUGUUGCAGGAAGACCAUAUUCUACCUCAUCACCACGCUCAACGAGUCCUUCAGACCGGACUAUGACUUCAGUGCUGCACGGGCCCAUGAGUUCAGCCGAGAACCUAGUCUCAACUGGGUUGUGAAUGCUGUAAACAGCAGCUUGUUCUCAGCUGUGGGAGAAGACUUCAACUCUCUUGGACCAGAGCUCUGGAACUCCAUUGAUCAAGAGAUCAACCUGCAGAGCUGUGACAUUUACAGCUACAAUCCUGAUUUGGACUCUGACCCUUUCGGUGAAGAGGGAAGUCUUUGGUCCUUCAACUACUUUUUCUACAAUAAAAAACUGAAAAGGAUUGUGUUCUUCACAUGCCGCUCUGUCAGUGUCCUGAGCAGCUACAGCUUUGGGUCCCUGGACAAUGAGCUGGACAUGGAGCUUGAUGAUGAGGAGGAGAUGGAUGGCUUCACUGAGGACAGGUUCCCCAGUGCCCUGUGUGUGUAGAUUUCCCAGGAUGCACCUUGGCCAGCUACACUUUUCCUCCCUUUCAUCUCUGCUCAUUUUAAGAUUUACUGCAUUGCCCAAAGCCAUCUUCACACCUAAGACUUUAUGCAUGCCUGAAGCAUUCUUUGUUGGCUCCAGUUGUGUAGCAUUGGUGGCAGACUUUUCGUUGAACCCUCCCUUUUCAUAAGCUCCUUCUCUGUCCUGUUUUAAUUUGCUCAUAUCCAGCAACAGCACAAUUACCCACCUCUUUGACUCCAUUUCACAAAGCAAGAAGACUUUAAGAGGGACUACGCUGCAAGGACUACAACGAACUGAGAUGCUUGCUCCACACCAGCAUUGAUGAGACUUGACAGACUUGAAAGAUUUCCAGUAUAGCAGCCAGUGUUGUGCUUGGUCCAUGAAAGACUGUUCUACGUUUGGUUUAAGGCACCUGUGUGUUCUGCAUUUACUGCAAUUCAUGUGUUGCUCUUUAAGUGUGACAUUGAUGUUACUGUGACUUUUUUUUUUUUUUUUAAGCAUUACGAAAACUUAUCAAUACAAAGGAUGCUUACCUAUAUUUGUUAGUCAGGUAGCUCCUAAAAUUGCAGCUUACUACAUAUCGGCUAUUCCCGGGCGUCCCGAUAUUUUCAGCUCACUUUGUUUUAAUGUUGUCUGUCAGCAUUUUUUAUUGUUAACCUGAACAUUUUAAUCAGAUUCUCACCCGUUUGAUUAGAGGCCAGUGUAGUAGCUUCACUGAAUGUGUAAGAGAUUGCUUUAAAAAUGGGUUAUAUAUUUUUCUGUGUUCAGGAAUGUGAUUUCUGACUGCUCUAAGCUUUGAGUGGCCAAUAUAUUAUAAAUGUGAUUAAACUGAUAAUUCAGUCCAA